GAUAAUUAAUCUCGCUGCAGUGGCGGGCAAUUUGUCAUGCUAACUCGACACACUACACAUAAUACUGAUCCGCCUUUUGAACUGGCUGUCACACACACGAACGUAUACUGCCCGCACGCAGGCGCCGUUUCCGGGCCCACUUUGCCUUCGACUGCGAUUUUAAGAACAGAGCGUCCGUUUGGAAAACGGUUACAGCCCGAGUUGUAAACUCUUCUUUAGCCCGUAGCGUAUGCGUGAUGUGCGUAAAAUAUUAAUGCCUUUCUUUCUUAAGCCGGGACCGAGAGCGGGCUGCCGUGUUAAUGGAGGAUGUUGAGCGUGGUGGAAGGCGUGGACAGCCAGAUGUGUAUGUGUUGCAGUGGCACACAGCUGACGAGUGAACGCCGCCAUCAGCAACGGCAGCCGGAACUUUGGCUCGAGUGCACGUCCUGCAGUGCAAAAGCACAUCCGGCGGCGUGUAAGCAACAAUAUGACCGAACUCAGCAUCGAAUGUUCGCGCAGUUCUAGACCAUAUCUCCCGGUAAUGUUUAUGCUUGAUCGGCGUCACACAUGGGCAUCUGCAGCCCUAAUUCUUUGCGUCUUUAUCUGAUGGCGGACUACGAGAAUACCCUUGGGGGAAGGGCGCCUUCCGCCACAAUACCAGCAGGCAACAGCCCAUAAUACUGUAUCUGCCACACGCAAACCUUGUGUCUUCUUCUUGGGAUUUAUGCGAGUGCAUCGAAAAUCAGUUCUCCUGGAUUCUGUUACAGCGGGGGUUAUCGCUGCAUAAAUGAAUCGGCUAGCGACGUGAUAGGUAGCUCCACGGAUAUUCAUCGGGGGAAUUAAUGCACCGGAAACGUGACUGGGUACCUCCUCGUAUGGUUAAUUGAUUGUUUCGUUCAGCGAGGGCGCCUGAAUCCUGGCUAAUACCUGGCAUUGCGCGAAUUUCUUUACAUCACUUCAGACUGCAGUUUGGAUUUCUCCCCAUACCAGCGUAUGCAUUAUGAUAUUUCGCGCCUGGCUGCAGAAUUAAAGAAUGAACUUCACAAACGCAUCUUCCAGCCACGGGAUUCAGCUCCAUCACGAAACCGUACUCCGUUCCAUCGUUUUUAUUACCGUUUCCUCGUGUUUAUGCUUGGUAACAUGCAGCCUGACGAUACUUUUGAUGGUCGUUAUUAUCCGACAAAAGUCACUGUUCUCUGGCGCCAAAAUGUUGAUCCUCCACCAGCUUGUUGUCGAACUUCAGAUGACCGUAAUUCACUGGCCGGUGCAUAUCAUCGCAUAUGCCGUAUCGCAGAAUGAUUACUAUUUUUCAACGACAUUCUGCCGCCACUAUUUGAUUGCUUAUAUGACGACAAUGACUGCCGGUUUAUGGGGACUUCUUAUUCUGGCCUGCCACCGUUUGCUGGCCAUCGCUAGUCCCUACAAUUUUUCCCACUGGGAUCGCCUGUCCAUUAAUGUGGUGCUGAUAAUAACUCCGUGGUUUAUUGGCUUCUUUGAUUAUCUGUAUUUUUAUUUGGGCGGUGACGGUGGGUUUGGUCCGAUGGCGCCGUUCGGCAUCUGCACUUUUCUGCAACGAGGUGUCAGCUUCGCCAUCGCUAAUACCUUUAGUACAUAUCUUCCGCUGGGUUUGGCCGGGCUCAUGUAUAUUCUGUUGUUCCUUAAAGCGGUGGCGAUUAACCGGAAACGCCAGAUCUGGAAUUCGUCGGGCAGCUUAUCCGCGGAGUUGGUACAGAAUUUCCGGCGACGUAUCCGCUUAGCGCGACUUUUAUUCGCGAUGACAGUAAUACACACGCUGUGCUUUGCCAGCAUUCCCUUAUUGCAGUCAUUCUUUAUGGCAGCGUACAAAAGCGAUCCGAUGACGCAGUUAUGGGUGCGGCAGUUCUUCUGCCUCGGCUAUCUAUCGACACCGGUGAUGUUCUUUGCUCUUAAUAAGGAAUGCUGGGAAGGUGCCAAAAGGAUUUUUCUCCAACAACCGCCGCUUACACCCACGGAUACAUCUGUUAAAAAAGUUUGAUUCCGCACACUCGUAAUCGUUUGAUUUUCCUUAGGUUUUCUUUUCUGCUGAGAGCCCGGAGAUAACGUCCUGAUUAGUCAAACUUAUCAAUCCAGAUUGCUGCUACCUGUUUCUUCUGAUUUCUGAUUAUCACUACUUGUUUCUACCGUACAGAGUACUGAGUAGGUGUUUACAUUAUAGUUGUACAUACUCGAAUGACCUAAGUAGUAAUGUCACAAACUAUGGGCAGAACGCUUUAUGUUAUCGUUAUCCUUUCCCUCAUGUUAAACAGUGCGACAGACCAUGAUUAAAA